CUGAAAGCGCGACAGAGAGUCCCUCAAGGAGAAGCACCUUCAGCAUGGCCCAUAAAACCCAAACUGGUGGAAUUGAGAAAAACGGGUCACUUUCCUCCAUCCUCUACUGUAAGAGCGAUCUAAAGGAAGGAGCCCUGCAGUGGGUGAAAGAACCCCUCAAUGGCCAGGUGCUCAUGGUGCUCAGCAUGGACAACAACUGCUCGGCCACCUCCUUUGACAUGGAGCUUUGUGCAGAGAAACUGAAGUCUCUUGGGGUUGAGGUGGCAGCAGAUCAGUGGAGAAGGUUAAUCCAGGAUGCUGUCUUGAAGCCUGAAGUGAGACGGUACAUGUUCUACAACUCCAGGGCGUUCCAGAUAGCCAUCGCCGUGGUUUUCUACGUGUCUCUCUGGACAAACAUUUACUCCACAGUCCAGCUGUGUUCCUUUGGACGCUACUGGGGGGCCAGUGUGCUGGUGACCCUGGCUGCCGUAGCAGUCACUGUCGUCGUGAUACUGGUUAUCGAUCGUCGCCAGAGGAAGAUAAAUAUGAACACAGAUGUGAGGCUGGCGGCUGUCAAUGAAAUCUUUAUCAAACACGGUUUAAUACUGGGGAUUACAGAUGCCUUGGAUGGGCCGCACAACAUCCUACAACUGUGGUUUGUGCGCUUCAGCCCGGAGCGCUGCCACCAGUCCUUGUCAGCCCACAUCACGGACCUGCAGAGGACACGGCAGUCAGGCUUGCGGCACAGCCUGGACCAGCUCUGUGUGGUUAUGGAGGCGGUGGUUCAGCCCGACCCCAGGACAGAGGAGGAGGCUUUGCGUGAAGAGUCCCCUCUUUUAUCCAGUGGAGUGAACCUAAACAAAGAGCCUGUGACAUGCAAUGAGCUGCUCCGCCUCGUUCCUGAGGGCCCACCAGAGGUGAUGGCCCAGCAGCUCCUGGUGAUCUUCAGUGGAUGCUACGUCCGGCUUCUGGUCACUGGCCGGCUCCCUCGGGCCGUGGCGGGGGGGCACCUGGAGCACAGCAGCAUGCCCUGUCUCUGCCAGUUCAUCGAGACCACUGCACUCAACACACACCAGAGCUGGUUUGAGGGCAGGUGA